CAGGGUGUUAUAUAUUACUUUACUACAGAUUUUUUUCUCUUUGAUUGACUUACUGAGCACUUUUUCAACUCUAAUUUCAGACCUAACAGAUGAGAAUGAAGAAGUGAAUGAAGUAGAGAAAGAAAGACGAUCUCAAAAAUCUCAAAUCACUUGCCGUCAGUGUGGAAAGAGUUUCACACGCAAACAGAGUCUCGAGGUUCACAUGAGGAUCCACACUGGAGAGAAACCGUUCACAUGUGAUCAGUGUGGAAAGAGUUUCGCACGCAAACAGAGUCUCGAGGUUCACAUGAGGAUCCACACUGGAGAGAAACCGUUCACAUGUGAUCAGUGUGGAAAGUGUUUCAAACGAAAAGAACACCUUAAGGGACACAUGAACAUCCACACUGGAGAGAAACCGUUCACAUGUGAUCAGUGUGGGAAGAGUUUUAAACAACAUGUUCACCUUAAGAGUCACAUGAACGUCCACACUGAAGAGAAACCGUUCACAUGUGAUCAGUGUGGGAAGAGUUUUAAACAUGUUCACCUUAAGAGUCACAUGAUCAUCCACACUGGAGAGAAACUAUAUGAAUGUGACCAAUGUGGCAAAACAUUUUUGUUGGCUUCAGCCCUGAAGAUUCACCUGAAUGUUCAUUCAAAGGAAAAACCACAUUCAUGUUCCUCAUGUGGAAAGAGAUUUUCACUUCUUCGAUAUUUAAGAAUACAUCAGAAAAUACAUGCUGGUGUAAAAAAUUAUAUGUGCUUUGAGUGUGGUAAGACCUUUACUAGAGCUCUAGAUUUGAAACGGCACCAGAGAAUUCACACAGGAGAGAAACCUUACAUGUGUUCACACUGCCACAAGAGAUUCAGUGAAUCAGGAGACUUGAAAAAACAUGAGAUGAUUCACACUGGAGAGAAACCUUACAUGUGUUCACACUGUGAUAAGAUAUUCAGUCGUUCAGAACAUCUGAAAACACAUGAAAGGAUACACACCGGAGAGAAACCGUAUCACUGCACUGCAUGUGGGAAGAGUUUCACUCACUCAUCAACUCUACGCAUACACGCCAAAACUCACAUUAAGUAGCU